UCAUCCUUUAGUAACCAUGGCUGAAAGUUUGGAGUUUGAAACUUCAGAUCUUGAAGAAACUUUUAAUAGAGCUGCAUCCCACUUGCAGUCUCUAGCUUCACAAUUAGAUUCUGGUCAAUUAUUAGGUUUUUAUGGUCUUUACAAACAAGCUACUUGUGGCCCUUGUGACUCACCUGCACCAAGUUGGUAUCAAAUCCAAGCUAAACAUAAAUGGGAAGCUUGGAAGAGUUUGGGAGAGAUGAAUAAAGAAGUUGCAAUGGCAAGUUAUGUAAGAGCUGUUGGUAAAUUAGACCCUGAUUGGGAAAAGGAUGCUCGGUCAGUGUCCAACACGUGGGUAGUAGUUAGUAGAUUACCUAAUACUGAUGCUGAGUUAAAGGAUAUUGACAAAAAUCUAUUUGAUUGGGUAAAAGAUUCUAAUGUUGAAAAAGUUGAAAAGGAGUUGUCAAUAAAUAAAAAUCAGAUUAAUAUGAAAGAUGAAAAUGGUAUGUUACCAAUUCAUUGGGCUGCAGACAGAGGUGAUACCAACAUUUUGAAGUGCCUAAUUAAAGCUGGAUCAGAUGUAAAUUCUAUUGAUGAAGAAGGUCAAACUCCACUGCAUUAUGCAGCAUCAUGUGGGCAUAAAGAUAUUGUUAAAUAUCUUUUAUCCUGUAAUGCACAAUUAAUAAAAGAUAAUGAUGGCUUAUCACCUAAAGAUGUUGCUGAUGAUGCUAUACUGGAUUUGUUUUAAAGUAUCUUAUACUUUCUUUUACAAAAAAAUUCUAUAAUGACAUAUUAGUAAUAAAAUAACUGUUAAAAGAA